AUGAACAAGCCGAUCGCCAUUAUCGGUAUCUCUUUCCGGGGUCCAGGCGAUGCUCGCGACCCCGAAGCCUUCUACCGUAUGCUCAUAGAAGGUCGCAGCGCACGCACCGAGAUCCCCAAAGACCGUUACAACGUCGACGCUUUCUACCAUCCUGAUCCAGAACGGCUAGGUAGUAUCCAACAAAGACAUGCGCACUUCCUGGAACAAGACUUCAAGGUGUUCGAUGCUCCUUUCUUCAGCAUCACGCCGAAGGAAGCAAAGGCCAUGGACCCGACACAUCGCAUUCUACUGGAAGCCACGUAUGAGGGCUUCGAAAAUGCCGGCUUGACCUUGGAGCAAGUCUCAGGCACACAAACAUCCUGCUACAUCGGAACCUUCACAGCAGACUUCCCCAACCUGCAAGCCCGUGAUAACGAAGGGCCUUCAAUAUACCACGCGACUGGCAUGUCAGCAUCUCUAGCCUCCAACAGACUGUCGUGGUUCUACAAUCUGCGGGGGCCUUCACUGACAGUCGACACGGCCUGUUCAUCAAGUUUAACAGCAUUCCAUCUAGCCUGCCAAAGCAUCCGCACAGGCGAAGCCGAGAUGAGCGUGGUUGGUGGUGCUAAUCUCAUGUUCGGACCAGAUAUGUCUAUCCUCCUGGGCGCUGCCAAGAUUCUGUCGCCUGAAGGCAAGAGCAAGAUGUGGGAUGCAGACGCGAAUGGCUUCGCGCGCGGAGAAGGAUUCGGCGUUACAAUUUUGAAGCCUCUAGACGCAGCGAUCCGCGACGGCGACAACAUCCGAGCAGUCGUGCUGGCAACGGCCGCUAACGAAGAUGGUCGCACACCAGGCAUCUCGUUGCCAAACAGCGAGGCGCAACAAGAACUGAUCCGAACCGCAUACCGGCAGGCUGGUGUGGACCCAGCAGAGACAGGAUAUGUCGAAGCGCACGGAACGGGUACACAAGCCGGCGAUCCACUCGAAGCCCGAGCUAUCCUUAGAACCAUUGGAUCAGUCGAGAACCGGUCGUCAGAUCUGUACGUCGGAUCAGUCAAGACCAACAUUGGUCACCUCGAAGGCGCAGCUGGUGUAGCGGGUAUCAUCAAGGCUGCGCUGACUGUUGAGCGAGGCAUGAUACUGCCGAAUCUCUGGUUCGAGAAGCUCAAUCCCGAUAUUGAUUUACCGGAGAAUGUCAAGAUAGCUUCCAAGUUGACGCCGUGGCCACACAGCGGUCCUCGCCGCGCAAGCGUCAACAGCUUCGGUUUUGGCGGUGCGAAUGCACAUGUCAUCCUUGAGGACGCGGCAUCUUUCCUAUCACGACAUGGCUUGAAGGGUCGACAUGCGACAACGCCACCCCUUCCCAGCCCUGGCAGCGUGCGCGUUGCUGAGCUCAGUGACAGUCCUAGUAGCUCUGCAAGCACUGUUGAGACGACCAGCGGAGACUGCAGCGACAACACGAGUGAUGUUUCGAGCGAGAUCUUGCGCGACCUUCAUCCCACAUCGAGGGUGUUUGUCCUGUCUUCCAACGACCAAGAAGGAGUCAAGCGCAACGCCGAGCGCCUGCAAGACUAUCUGGCCUUGAAGACAUCCACAGUACCUUCGUUCCUCAACGACUUGGCAUUCACGCUGAGCUCCAAGAGAACCGCGUUGCCUUGGAAAUCGUAUGCCGUCGCCUCGAGCGUCAGCGGCCUGCGAGAGAAGCUUACGAGCCUUGCUCCAGUGGUCCGUUCCUCCACUUCUGCGAUACCACGAAUUGCUUUUGUCUUCACUGGCCAGGGCGCGCAGUGGCAUGCAAUGGGGAGAGGUCUUUCGUCGUACAAGGCCUUUGCUGAGAGCAUGCAGAAGUCGGAGGCCAUGCUCAAAUCGUUCGGUUGCCCGUGGAGUCUUGGUGAAGAGCUUAGUCGCAGCGAGACUGAGUCUAAGCUACGUGAGACUGACUACAGUCAGCCGGCCUGUACCGCUAUCCAGGUCGCACUCGUGGACCUCUUGAGCAGUUUCGGCGUAAGACCUGUUGCCGUUCUCGGCCACUCCAGCGGCGAAAUUGCGGCUGCGUACACUGCUGGCUUCAUCGAUCAAGAAGCGGCAGUCAAGAUUGCUUGGUUGAGAGGCCAGGUCAGCAAGACUGUGUCCAAGAACGGUGGCAUGUUGGCCGUCUCUGCAAGUGCCGAUAGCGUACAGGAUCAUCUCAAUGGCUUGGAGAGCGGUCGAGCGGUCGUGGGAUGCUUCAACUCCACCAAAGCCUGCACCAUCACCGGCGACGCUUCAGCCAUUAGUGAGCUGGAGACGCAGUUGAAGGACGCGCAAAUACCGUGCACACGACUGCCCAUGGACGUCGCAUAUCAUUCUUUCCACAUGACAUCAGCUCGCGAACAGUAUGAGAAGGCUUUGGAGGGCAUCCCACAUGGCUCCACGGCGACCGUCCCCAUGUUUUCUUCGGUGACGGGAAGUUUGGUUGAUCCUGCACAGAUGAAGCCAUCUUACUGGGUGGAUAACCUCGUGUCUCCUGUCAACUUUGUCGCGGCUACCCGCUCCCUUCUGAGCCACCCCCAAGAGAACAAGUCGCGCAAGGCCUUCGCCAACCUGUUCGUCGAGCUCGGCCCUCACUCUGCCUUGCGCAGCUACCUCCUAGACAUUUUCGCCAGUGCGAACCGUGCUGCUGAUACGACCUACACUAAUCUGCUUCGCCGCAACCACGAUGGCGCUGCUACUAUGUUGGAAGCCAUGGGCCAUCUCUGGGCGCAUGGAUGCAAAUUCGAUUUGAGCAAAGUCAAUGACGUUUCUCCCGACAACACCAGCAUGUUGGUAGACCUAGCUCCAUACGCCUGGAACCACAAGGCGUACUGGGACGAAUCCCACCUCAGCCGGCAACACCGCCUUCGCAAGUCGCCACGUACCGACCUUGUCGGCUAUCGCCUUACUGGAACGCCAGAGCACACAUGGCGCAACUUCCUGCGGUGCAACGAAAAUCCAUGGAUCCGUGAGCACAAGGUCCAGGGCGAUAUUCUGUAUCCAGGUGCGGGCAUGCUUGUCAUGGCUAUUGAAGCGGCGCACCAAUUGGCCCAGGAGACCAAUGCCGACGAAGUGUAUGGUUUCGAGUUGCGCGACGUUAGCAUCGACACUGCGCUUCGCGUACCUGAUACGGAGAAGGGUAUUGAAGUUAUGACGCAGCUACACAAUCGUCGUAUUGGAACAAGAGCAGCGCCGUCUUCCACACUUUACGAGUUUGUUGUCUCUUCCUGGAGUGAGGAGAUGAACUCUUGGAGUGCUCACGCUCGUGGCCUCGUCUCCGUCGUCUUCAAAGCCUUCUCUCCUUCGAUGGAGCGUGAGCUGGCGCUUGAGAACGAGCGCUACAUGUCGUCUCUUUCCAAGGCUAGGGAUGUCUGCCAGAAGCCGGCACGAAGCUUCUUAUACGACACAGUCGAGACGAUCGGCAUGCAAUACGGACCGACCUUCCGCAACAUGACUGAGCUGUAUGCUGGUCCUAGCUCCAGCUAUGGCAUCAUCAAGGUACCUGAUACCAAGUCAAUCAUGCCUAAGGGCUUCGAAUACCCCUAUGUCGUUCACCCUGCCACGCUGGACUCGGUCCUUCAUCUUGUCUUUCCCAGUAUAUCUGGCGACGAUCAAGCACUGAACGAGGCGGUCGUUCCCAGAUCUUUUGAUCGCAUUUUCGUUUCAGCCAGGAUCCCAAGCACCGCUGGUUCAGAGCUACAUGGCUGCUCUUCCGCGAAGAAGCUGAGCUACACAACGUGGACUUCCAGCAUCACGAUGUCCGAGGCAACCAUGACCGACCCUGUCGUCAUCAUGGAAGGCGUUGUACUGGCAUCUGUUGGUGCAACCGAGAACGCAUCGAAACAGCUUGAGACGCGUGCGUCUUGUUUCGCGCAAAACUGGCACGUGGAUGCUGAUCUCUUGUCGCCGUCUCAGAUCAAAGAACUCGUCUACAAGCGCACGUUGAAGAGUAGAGACGACGAUUCAGUCCUUGAUUUGCUCGAGUUCGUCUGCCUUGUUUACAUCUAUCGCUGCCUUGACUGGUUCCAGAGCGAAGCAGGCAAGGCACAUGUGCCGCAGGACGGCUUCUGGAAGUCGUACGUGGAGUGGAUGCAUGACACCGUAAAGCAAUUUCCUCCGCUUCCUGAAGAUGUCGAGACCGAGAUGCAGGCAGCCCGGAAACGCAUCAUCAAGUCGGAGAGCGGCGACAUCACGGUGCAGAUGGUGGACCGUAUUGGGCAGAAUCUUUCUCGCAUCUUUACGCGCGAGGUCGAGGCUCUGCAGUGCAUGACUGAGGGUGACCUUCUUUACUCCUUCUACCGCGGCGCUUUCGGUACGAGUUUCAACACCAAUGUGGCGGAGUACGUAGGUCUGAUUGCUGAUAAGCAACCUGGACUACGCAUCUUGGAGAUCGGCGCCGGAACGGGUGGUACUACAUACCAUGUUUUGGAACGUCUGCGCAACCCCGAUGGCAGCUCCAAGGCCGCUCAGUAUUACUUCACGGACAUCUCUCCUGGUUUCCUUGCCAAGGCAGCCGACCGAUUCGACAAGGACGCAUCCAUCAUGCAAUUUGGCACGCUCAACAUUGAAAACUCACCCACGGAGCAGGGGUUCAGUCCUGAGUCCUUCGAUCUCAUCGUUUGCGCCAAUGUACUUCACGCGACGAAGAGCAUCCAGGAGACACUAGCGCAUUGCAAGUUGCUGUUGAAGCCAGGUGGCCGUCUUGUCUUGUCCGAGGUGACCAUCAAGCGCAUCUUCUCCGGGUUCAUCAUGGGGCCGUUGCCCGGCUGGUGGCUAGGAGAAGCGGACGGUAGGAAGGGAGGUCCACUCUUGGAUGCUGAAGAGUGGAACGUCGCUUUGAAGCUGGCCGGAUUCUCGGGUGUUGAUGUCGAUAUCCGCGGUGAUCGAGAAACUUCGAAAGAGCCUGUCUCGCUGCUCAUUUCGACUAAGCCCGAGACUACAAGUCCUAGCCUACCUCCUUGCUUGGUCAUCACCACUGGGACUGAAGCGACGGGCAGGCUUGCCUCUGCCAUCCAGGGAGCAUUUGCCUCCGCUGGCCAUGACACAAGCAUCGCCCAGUGGAAUGACAUCUCCAAAGCACACGUGGAUGGCAAGUACUGUCUCUGUCUUGCCGAAUGGGAUGACGCUGUCCUCGCCAAUCUUACCGAUGACAACUGGCGCAGAUUGCGCGAAGUUGUUCUCUCGUCUCAGGGUGCUUUGUGGAUCACAGGUGGCGGUGCCCUUGACACGCCAUAUCCCAUGAAGAGUCUGAUGGUUGGGCUUGCCAGAGCCAUUCGCAAUGAAGACGCCGGCGUUCGCCUUGCCUGUCUCGAUCUGGAGGCGUCAUCGACCAUUGACUUCGAGAGAGCGGCACAGAACACACUCAAGGUCGCUCAUGAGCACAUCAGCGGUGACGGCACCGAGGGUGAGUAUGCCGCCCGUGGUGACAUGGUCUACGUACCUCGUGUUGAGCGAAAGUUGGAAGUGGACUCGUCUUUGCGCAAGUACGAGGCCAAGGGCGAUCCCGAGAUGGUAUCAUUCAAGAGCUGUGGACGUCCCCUCAAGCUGAGCAUCAAAACACCUGGUCUCCUCGAUACGUUCCAGUGGGAAGAAGAUGAGACGUACCACACGCCAUUACCUGAGGAUUGGAUUGAGAUCGAAGUCAAGGCCGUUGGUCUCAACUUCAAGGAUGUGCUUGUGGCGCUGGGUAACCUGGCUGAGAACAAGCUGGGUGUUGACGCCUCGGGUGUUGUCACUCGUGUCGGUGCGGCUGUCACAGACAUCACAGUUGGCGAUAAAGUCAUGACCGCAUCUUGCGAUACCUUCGCCACCUAUGUUCGCUUCCCGGCCAAGGGUGCCAUACCCGUUGCCUCUGGCAUGAGCUUCGAGGAAGCCGCCUCAAUGCCACUCAUCUUCCUCACAGCCUACUACGCGCUAGUAACUGCAGGUGGCAUUGUGUCUGGCGAGAAGAUCUUGAUUCAUGCCGCUGCUGGCGGUGUCGGACAAGCCGCCAUCAUGAUCGCGCAAGCCAAAGGUGCCGAGAUCUUCGCUACGGUCGGCGCGGACGCGAAGAAACAGCUUCUCAUGGAGCAGUAUGGAAUCCCCGAGGACCAUAUCUUCAGCAGUCGUGACACCAGCUUUGUCAAGGGCGUGCUCCGUGCCACGGGCGGCAAGGGUGUGGAUCUGGUACUGAACUCGCUGGCUGGCGAGGCCCUUCGUCGAUCAUGGACUGACUGCCUGGCCAAAUUCGGUCGUUUCUUGGAGAUCGGAAAGGCGGAUCUCUUCGCCAACACCGGUCUUGACAUGAAGCCCUUGUUGGACAACAAGAGCUAUAUCGGCGUCAACCUGCUGGACUUUGAGAACAAUCCGACACCACGAGCAGUAGCGCUGUGGCAUGACACGGCGAGGAUGAUCCAUGAGGGGGCGAUCAAGCCCAUUGCGCCACUUCAAAUCUUCACCAUGGCCGAAGUCGAGAAGGCCUUCCGCCAUAUGCAGGCAGGAAAGCACAUGGGCAAGGUGGUCGUUCGCGUUGACGAUGCAGACUUGGUCCGUGCCGUACCUCGAAUUCCACGCGUACGUGUCCAGUCUGACGCGACGUACGUGAUUGCCGGCCUUGGUGGCAUCACGCGUGAAAUUGCGCGUUGGUUGGCCGAGAAGGGCGCAAAGUACCUGGUGUUCCUCUCUCGGUCUGCAGCCAGCGGCACAGACAACAAAGCAUUCGCUGCGCAACUGCAGAAGACGUACAGCGUUACGCCGCUGGCGUACGAUUGCGACGUUGGCAACAAGGCCGCUCUGCAAGCAGUCUUGAAUGACAUGAAUGCUAAGGGUUUGCCACCUAUCAAGGGCUGUGCGACAGGCGCCAUGGUCCUACAAGACUGCCUCUUCGACAAGAUGACAGCCGACCAUGUACGUACAACGGUCGGUCCCAAGGUCCACGGUACCUGGAACCUGCACGAGCUACUGCCACGCGAUAUGGACUUCUUCGUUAUGCUGUCUUCGCUAGCCGGUGUGAUGGGCCAUCGUGGACAGGGCAAUUACGGCUGCGGUAACAACUUCCAAGACGAAUUUGCUGCAUUCCGGCGCAACCAGGGCCUACCAGCGAUGACCAUCGACAUCGGCUAUCUUCUGUCGGUAGGUUUCGUGGCUGAACAUGACGAGUAUGUCGACCACGUCAAGGCCAUGGGGCUCAAGGUUAUGCAUACGUCGGAUCUUCAUGGUCUGCUAGCGACCGCCAUCGAGGGCCCCUCUCAGCACCCUGGGCAAGUCAUGUGCGGUCUGCCCUUCAAUGAGCACGACGACGCGUGGUACUGGAUGGCCGACGCGCGGUUUUCUGCACUGCGCAACGUUGCAGCUGGCUCCUCGGCGAAGGCUGGACAGACCAUCUCACUGCGAGAGGAGUUGACGCGAUGCGGCACAGCGAACGAAGAGGCCGUGCAGCUCAUCACAGCCGCCAUAGUGCAGCGUCUUGCGAGCCUGAUGAUGAUACCCGAGGCCGAUAUCGAUGCCGGUAGGCCGCUGAGCGCGUAUGGCGUGGAUAGUCUGGUUGCUGUUGAGGUGAGAAAUUGGGUUGCGCGUGAGAUGUUGGUGGAGUGCUCUGUGUUCGAUGUUCUGCAGAACAUCCCGAUGACGCAGCUGGCACAAAGCUUGGCAGAGAAGAGUAAGCUGCUCCUUGCACAGGCCUGA